UUCGUGAACCUACCCCACCGUGCUACAGUCAAGGCAGUACUUAGGGCCUCCACCUAAUCCCAGAUCUAUAGUAGAAUCGCAGCAUCAUAAUCCACCACGAAGCAGAACUCUUACAGCCUGACUACAUCGUCAUGACGAAGCUCAGCCCUACAGACAUACCCUCGUUCGCCACGACCCAACUGGCACUGCUCGACGCGGAGCUAAAAGCCGAGCUGUCGGAAACAGAUGCCCUCCUCUCCUCUCAUACCCCGACCGCACUCGCCCGUGCGGGCCUGGCCAUCCUGAACCUUAAUGUUUCUUCUAUACGUACUGGUCUAGGCGGGAAGACGGUCGUGGAGCUCGCUCUGGAUUCGGCAGUCGUGACCAAGGGUGAGAAGGCAGAUAUCCCUGAACAUGGAAUCAGAACUGGAGAUAUAGUUUCAUUGCAGGAGCAGCCCGCGGGCAGUGCGAAGAAGACGGAGAAGCGUGAGCUUGUGAAGAAAGGUGCAGAGGGGGUGGUUUUGCGGGUGCGCAGGGAAAACGUCGAGAUUGUGCUAGACAAAGAGGACGCAGAUGUGCCCAGCGGAAACAAGCUAUGGAUUGUCAAACUGGCAAACGACGUUACUUAUAAAAGGAUGAACCAAACAAUGUCACGAUUGCAAAAGUUUCAGGAACAGGAACAUACGCCUUUGAUGCACGUACUCUUUGGUCAGGCUUCUCCAACACCGCCGCCGUCCGACAACAAUGACCCCUCAAGCCCCCUCCACAAUCUCACGUGGAACGACCCCAGUCUGAAUAACAGCCAAAAGGAGGCCAUCAGAUUCGCACUGGGUUCUCGAGAGAUUGCCUGUAUCUGGGGACCGCCAGGGACCGGCAAGACGCACACGCUCAUAGAGUUGAUCCUCCAGAUGCUGAAGCAGAACCUGCGCCUUCUCGUCUGUGGGCCCUCCAACAUUGCUGUAGACAACAUUGUCGAGCGCCUAGCGUCGCACAAAGUACCCAUGAUCCGACUGGGACAUCCAGCUCGUCUCCUCCCAUCAGUGCUGAACCAUAGUUUAGACGUUCUGACGCGCACGUCGGACGCCGCAGCACUUGUCCAGGACGUUCGAAAGGAAAUGGACGAGAAGCAAGGAUCGAUCCGCAAGACUCGCAAUGCCAAAGAGCGGCGCCAGGUCUACGCAGAACUAAAGGACCUGCGAAAGGAAUUCAGGGAACGGGAAAGGGGCUGCGUUGACAACUUAGUGAAGGGCUCUAAGGUCGUACUGGCUACAUUGCAUGGUGCCGGUGGCUUCCACCUGCGAAACCAGGAAUUCGACGUGGUCAUAGUAGAUGAAGCAUCGCAGGCCCUGGAAGCACAAUGCUGGGUGCCCUUGCUAUGGGUCAAGGCGACUAAGCUGAUACUCGCGGGCGAUCACUUGCAAUUGCCGCCUACGAUCAAGUCACUUAAUUCUAAAGAGGCCAAAGCGUCUAAGAAGAAGGAUGUAAAGAAAGGUAAGGCUGAAGAAGAAGGUAAGAACAAUGCGGAGCCGUCAGUAAAGCCGGCGGGAGGCAGCAUGACGUUAGAAACGACGUUGUUCGAUAGGUUGCUGGCAUUACAUGGACCGUCGAUCCAACGCAUGCUCACCACGCAAUAUCGAAUGCAUGAGACCAUUAUGCGUUUUCCCUCUGACCAACUCUACGAAUCGAAACUAAUCGCAGCCGAUUCCGUCAAGGAGAGAUUGCUCAAAGACCUGCCCUAUGAGGUCCAGGAGACUGACGACACACGGGAGCCUCUGGUCUUCUGGGACACGCAGGGCGGCGACUUCCCCGAGAAGACGGAGGACGAGGAGAUUGGCAAGGGAAGUAGCAAAGGCAUGAGUCUCGGAGACAGCAAAAGCAAUGAGGCCGAAGCAGCACUCGUCAAGUUGCAUGUCGGCAAUCUAAUCGACGCAGGCGUCAAAGCUGAAGAUAUAGCGGUCAUUACGCCUUACAAUGCGCAGCUCGCCAUGCUGUCCCAAAUGCUUAAAGAAAGCUUCCCUGGCAUUGAGCUGGGGUCUGUAGAUGGGUUCCAGGGCCGAGAGAAAGAGGCAGUGGUCGUCAGCUUGGUGCGAAGUAAUGCUGAGCACGAGGUUGGAUUCCUAGGCGAAAAGCGACGAUUGAAUGGUAAGUACGAACCCUCCCAGCACGUAUUAAUUAAUCAAUACUGCUAUGUAAUGAUGGCCGUGAACAAUGAGCAAUGCCAACGACACGACACCCACGCGGCUCAUGACACCCUCCGCACGGGGGGCAUAGCUUAAGGCUCAUGCCGCCCCCGAAACACAGAAUGCUCACGCGGGAUAUAGUGGCAAUGACCAGACCA